CGCCCGCGCCGCCGGAAGUGAGGUGUCUCACCCCCAAAGUUCCGUCUCGCAGGGGGUGGGGAGUGUUGUUAACCGGGGCCGCCUCCGCAGUCGUGGGGAUUGAGCGGGCUCGCGGCGCGGGGCUCCUGGUCGCCAGGCCAGGGCAAUGUUCCGCACCGCAGUGAUGAUGGCGGCCAGCCUGGCGCUGACAGGGGCCGUGGUGGCUCAUGCCUACUACCUCAAGCACCAGUUCUACCCCACGGUGGUGUACUUGACCAAGUCCAGCCCCAGCAUGGCAGUCCUGUACAUCCAGGCCUUUGUCCUUGUCUUUCUCUUGGGCAAGGUGAUGGGCAAGGUUUUCUUUGGGCAGCUGAGGGCAGCAGAGAUGGAGCACCUUCUGGAACGUUCCUGGUAUGCUGUCACUGAAACUUGUCUGGCCUUCACCGUCUUUCGGGACGACUUCAGCCCCCGCUUUGUUGCGCUCUUUACUCUCCUUCUUUUCCUCAAGUGUUUUCACUGGCUGGCUGAGGACCGUGUGGACUUUAUGGAACGCAGCCCCAAUAUCUCCUGGCUUUUUCACUGCCGCAUUGUCUCCCUUAUGUUCCUCCUGGGUAUUCUGGAUUUCCUCUUCGUCAGCCAUGCCUAUCACAGCAUCCUGACCCGUGGGGCCUCUGUGCAGCUGGUGUUUGGCUUUGAGUAUGCCAUCCUGAUGACCAUGGUGCUCACCAUCUUCAUCAAGUAUGUGCUGCACUCCGUGGACCUCCAGAGCGAGAACCCGUGGGACAAUAAGGCUGUGUACAUGCUCUAUACGGAGCUGUUUACAGGCUUCAUCAAGGUUCUGUUAUACAUGGCUUUCAUGACCAUCAUGAUCAAGGUGCACACCUUCCCUCUCUUUGCCAUCCGUCCUAUGUACCUGGCCAUGAGGCAGUUCAAGAAAGCUGUGACAGACGCCAUCAUGUCUCGCCGAGCCAUCCGCAACAUGAACACACUGUAUCCAGAUGCCACCCCAGAGGAACUCCAGGCCAUGGAUAAUGUCUGCAUUAUCUGCCGAGAAGAGAUGGUGACUGGUGCCAAGAGACUGCCCUGCAACCACAUUUUCCACACCAGCUGCCUGCGCUCCUGGUUCCAGCGGCAGCAGACCUGCCCCACCUGCCGAAUGGAUGUCCUUCGGGCAUCGCUGCCAACACAGUCGCCACCACCCCCUGAACCUGCCGAUCAGGGUCCACCACCUGCCCCCCAUCCCCCACCUCUCCUGCCCCAACCCCCCAAUUUACCCCAGGGCCUCCUGCCUCCCUUCCCUCCAGGCAUGUUUCCACUGUGGCCUCCUAUGGGCCCCUUUCCACCUGUCCCACCUCCCCCGAGCCCAGGAGAGGCUGCGGCCCCUCCAUCCACCAGCACAGCAGCCCUUUCUCGGCCCAGUGGCACAGCCAGUACCACAGCUGCUGCUCCUCCCUCGGGCCCGGCACCUGGCCCCAGCCCUGCCCCAGAGGCUGGCCCUGCCCCAGGCUUCCCCUUCCCGCCCCCCUGGAUGGGCAUGCCACUGCCUCCACCCUUUGCCUUCCCCCCUAUGCCUGUGCCCCCUGCGGGCUUUGCUGGGCUGACCCCAGAGGAGCUGCGGGCUCUGGAAGGCCAUGAGCGGCAGCACCUAGAGGCUCGGCUGCAGAGUCUGCGCAACAUCCACACGCUGCUGGAUGCCGCCAUGCUGCAGAUCAACCAGUACCUCACCGUGCUCGCCUCCUUGGGGCCCCCACGGCCUACCACCUCAGUCAGCCCCACUGAGGAGAUGGUCCCUACAGUUGCUGCCUCCUCCACCAGCAUCCCCAGCUCUGAGGCUACCACGCCAUCCCCAGGAGCCUCCCCACCAGCCCCUGAACCUGAAAAGCCUCCAGCUCCUGAGUCGGUGGGCACUGAGGAGCUGCCUGAGGAUGGGGAGCCUGACGCAGCAGAGCUCCGCCGCCGUCGCCUGCAAAAGUUAGAGUCUCCUGUUGCCCACUGACACUGCCCCAGCCUUGGCCCCUGCCCUCACUGUUGAGCAGCCCACGCUGGAACAUGUCCUGCCACCAAGUGCCAGCUCCCUCUCUCCUGCACCAGGGAAUAGUAACCCCCAGCCCAGACAGAGGAGGUGGCAUCCCUAGGCCAAGUAGGAAGAGGCCUGAGGCUCCAGACGACUCCGGCCCUUAGAGUCCUGGGCGCCACGGGGACCUUGGGUCAGUUCCAGCCUUCCUCUCCGACCCUUAAGCCUGUGUUUUGCUGGGGCUGUGAAGUCAGAAAGGCACAGCCUCUGAGAAGCCCUCCGAGCCCCACUUGCGUACGUGGAGUCCUGCUGCAGUGCUGAUCAGUAUUAGCUCCUGUUCCCACAUGUGCACUCGGGGCUGGAGGCAGGCCAGGAACUUGCUCCCUGGGCCACCCCAGCAAGACUGGUAUUGUCUUUUUCCUAUCCUGAACUCCCCAGAAGCCCUUUGUGUUGGUGGUGGUUGUGUCUGCAUUUCCAUGUCUUGCUGGCAGCCACGUGCCUCAGGGAAAGAAGUGCCUGUGGGUGGAGGAGCAGGUGGGCAGCAGUGAGGGGCCCUGCCCCUCCCCUCCCCCCAGGCUCCUCUCUCCUUAGUUUGUCCAAGUGUGACUCCCUGGUUUCCUCCAGCAGCCACUGCCCAGCCUCACUCCAGGGUGAGGGCUUGUGUGUCUGCUCCCGAACCACUGCAAGCCCCAGCAUUCAUGGAUGGCCACUUCUCGACGUACAGAACUUUUCUUGAGUUUAGAAGAAUUGGAAUUACUUCCUUGCUUAUUGUCUUUUGGCUUAAAUUUUGUCUUUGAACUUGAAUGCUUUGACCCCAGGAAAGGAGUAAGAGUGCCAGGCUCCUGGUCUUUCCAGUUUAGACAAGGCAGUGAGCCAGGUAAGGACCACAGGAGCUGAGGCUUGCCUGCCCCUUUCCCCCCUCAGUUUUGUGUUACAAGAGUUACUGGAGACAGUUUCAGAUGAUUAUUUAAUUUGUAAAUAUUGUACAAAUUUUAAUAGCUUAAGUUGUAUAUACAGCCAAAUAAAAACUUGCAUUAACAAUU